AUGUCCUUUCCGCCAGAGCUUCGAGUUCUGUGCAAUCAGCUAUCCUCGACUCAUGCAGCUAAUCUUCCAAGUCUUAUUCCAACACUUUCAGAAUAUAUAGCACGUUGCCAGGAUCCUCUAUCAUGUUUUACCUCCAAGUCACAUACAAAAAACACCUCUGUGCUUGUUCACAAGUUAAAAACUCAGAUAACAGCUCUCCUCCAAGGAAAAGAUCCUGGAGAGAAGUUAACUGCUAUUGUACUUAUCAAAGCCGUUGUUGAAGUCGGGGGCACAGAGGUUCUAAGUUCAUGCGAACCAUGGGUUAAGGGUUUACUAGCACUAAUCACAAAACACGACUGUAUAGUGUUAAAAGAAAUGUGUAUAGCAACACUCACUAAAAUUUAUAUCCUUACCCACCAAAGUCCAUCUAUUGUGCGUGAAUUAACUACGCCUACACUACCAGCAUAUGUGAGCUCGUGCCUAGAGGUUAUAACUUCUUGGUCUAUAGAAAAUACGCAAGAAGUUCCCAUAUCAUUACAGGAAUCAGUGAUCCACUCCUUUGCCUUGCUUGUUCCCCAUCACAACAGUCUAUUUAGACCAUUUGCCACGCAAAUACGCACAUCUCUGAAUAGGCUUUUGACACCAUCGAUGUUAGAUAUCCCUCCCAUACCAAGCUCACUUAAAGAAGGCGCUCAACGGCUUUACAUUCGACUCUACCAGACUGCACCUAAAGACAAUGGCAGGGAAGAGUGGAAUAAUGGUAUACGAAAGCUAAUAAAAAAUAUACACGUGACUUCUGAUCAAGUUUUUCGUACUGUUAUCGAAGAAUGGGAAUCCAAUUCUGGCUAUAUUAUAGGAAAUAUUAAUCCGAACGAGAACCUGAAGGGAGGUGACGAAACUGUCGAUUACCUGAAUAGCUGGACCGGCAUUGAAGCCGGUUCUGAUCGACUGAUAGGAAUGAUACAACUUCUAACUCAGUUUUUCCUAACUGAAACUUCUUGGUCUGUCGCAACACCAAUAGGAGCUAUUAUGGAUUUAGUUAAUCGAAUUAUAUCGAUCAAGAUACCAACUAAUACUUCUACAAGCUCAAACACGCAAAAAAACGAAGCUAUUCGCCUAAAUCCCAACUUCGAAAAGGAAGAACAGGAAAUUUUAUGGACCCGCAUGCCUUACAUAUACACAUCUACGAUACAGCUUCUCGACGCGAUUGCAAAUAGACUUCAGGAACACUUUACGUCUAUCGCUUUUGAAUGCUUUGAUCGAGUAGCAUGGAUAUUCCCUUACGGCAAGGAUAACUCCGAGUUCAGAUUAGCUAGCUUCAAAUUUAUAAGCCGAAUUCUAAAAAUAGUUGGAAAAGAGUUUACCGAUGCUCAAAUGAGUAAAGCCCCAAUCAUUAUCAACUCGUGCUGUCAAGAGCUUCUCAAAAAUGAAGUAAUACCAACAAGUUUUGAUCAAACUGGAGUCGAACCUUUAGCUCGCGACGUCAAAUAUCUUGACUGUAAAAAUUCUUUGCUACGUUUAUCAAACUUUACCGCUCAGCUAGAUAUCAAGGAACCAGAUGUUGCUAAAGCAGCCUCUAAACUUUUGCCGCUUUUAAUAUCGAAUUUACCUCAAAACCUUUUACACAUAUCACAACGCGUAAGUUUAGAGAGAACGGCCAUCCUAGCAAAAAAUAAAGAUACAUUGUUAGCUUCUAUACUCUAUCCGUUCAUAGGAAAGUGUAGUAAACCGAUGGCUAGUAUAAUACCACACCUCUCUCGGGAGUUUCCGUCAGAAUACGUUACGGAGAUUCUUUUACGCCCACGGAUGCCUCUUCUCUUAGAAACAGAGAGGUCUUCCGGCGAAAAUUUAGAAAUUGAUUCUGAGGAAGAAGUAAUGGAGUUUGAACGCGAGAUUUCAGAAAUUCGUAACACUGAGACGUUUAAUACGUUAUCUUACUCACCAAGAGUUAGCUCUAUGGCAAAAGAUGAACAGCAGGAUAAAUUUGAUGACAUGAAAUUUGAAGCUCCAACUCCCACUGCUCCUCUACUUAAUAAAGCCAUGACAGGCACUCCGACAGACGAAAGAAAAAAUACUAAAACCCACAUUGAUUCUACCAUGUGUGUAGACUCCGAUAGCAGUGACAAUGAAAGUGUACACCUCUGUAUGCAAAUAGAUACGGAUUCAGAUGCAUGA